AUGGCCUCCGCUUUUACUUUCGACAACUUUGACUAUUCCAAGCCCAAUACCCAGCAGGGCCUUGAUUUCCUAUCCUUUGCAGCGCCCUUGGACGUUGUAGCACCUCAUCCUGACCUCUUCGAGAGUGAGCUUGACUCGAGUCUCGCUGGAAUCGACCAGGCGCAGCUGCAGCUGCUCACCGUCGACUCGAACGACGCCUACUCGUUUUUGCGAUCGGACACGCCUACACGGGGCCCCCCUUCUGCAAUCACAGAGAGCUCAGCACGGAGCUCAGCCUAUGAGAGCUCCUACGACUCUGCAUAUGAGUACCCUGCCUCCAACUAUUCCUUUCCCCUAGACCUAGAGAUGGACUUUCAGCGAAUCAGAGUCGAUGCCCUUAGCGACUAUUCUCCUGCCAAUGUCGACCCAACCUCCUUCGGCUCCUUGCCGCCAACUCCUCCCCUUUCGCCGCCCUCUGCGGCUGCGAAGCAGUACGUAGCUCGCACCAGCUAUUCUGACUACGGUCCGCCGUCCAGGUCGCCUGGCUACUACUACAGUAUGGGCCAGACCACCGUGUCGCCGUCGCAUGUCUCGACGCAGUUGCCCGUGGUUCCCACCGUUCCGCCCAUCCGCGUUGAUGACCACAAACAGGACCCACGCAAAAAGUAUCAAUGUCCUUCGUGUCCAAGAGGCAAGGCCUAUAAUCUCAAAACUCACAUGGCCACUCAUGACCCCAACCGUCUCAAGCCACACGUGUGUCCCCAUCGUUCGUGUGGCCGCUCCUUCUCCAGGAAGCAUGACCUUGGUCGUCACAUCAUCUCCAUCCACCGCGAUGAGUCUGUCGCUGGCUCUCACCAUUCUAACUCGUCCAAAAAUUCCAUCGGUGUCGACCAGGGAAAUCGUUCUUGGUGUGAUGUCUGUGGCAAGGGCGCAGUUGGCCGUAGCGCCCAGUGUGACUGCGCGGAGAUCAAAUAG